AUGUCGAAUAGUGAGGGUGGCAUUUACGAACCACUCCUUCCACCGCUUCAGGAUAUCACAGCCACCAAUCGAGGUCCCAUCGCGUUGGCCACUGCAGUCACACUCCUCAUCGUCUCUACGUUGACUGUCGUCGUCAAGCUCUGGACCAGGUUCGCAACUACCCGCAGCUUUGGCUUGAACGAUGCCGCCAUUAUAGUAGCGAUGGUCUUUGCAUUUGGUCAAUCAAUCACUUUAGCAAUUGCCACGGACCAUGGCCUGGGACGACAUGUUGAGGAACUUCAGGAUUCACAGAUUGCCACGUUGAGCAAGCUGUUUUUCGCCUCCAACAUUCUUCUCAUUCUAGCACUAGCCAGCGCCAAAGCAGCUGUGACUCUUCUCGUCAUCGCGAUCAAACCUCUACGAUUUGUGAUGUUAGCUUGUUAUGCAAUGCUGGGCCUCAUUGCUGUCUGGGCUGUAGCCGGCGUCUUUGUACUGGGGUUUCAGUGCUCUGCGCCCCAUCGCUGGGUACUUGGGCCGGGCUCAGGUCCAGAGACUUGCAUCGACCAGUACGCAAUGCAAGUGGCGCUGAGGGCUAUCGAUAUUGCAACCGACGUGGGGAUCGUUCUUCUGCCUGCGUUCAUGAUGCGGUCAGUGCAGGUCGCAACGGCUAAGCGCUGGGUGGUGGUUCUGCUGUUCGGAAUCAGACUUAUCACACCCAUCUUCACUGCAGUCACGAUCGCUGCGUAUGACGACUUCUACCAUUCGAACCCCCAGGAUCGGGCCUGGCACGCAGUCAUACCCUCUGUUUGGACUUCCUGCGCUUUGAACCUGUCCAUCGUUACGGCGUGCAUUCCCUCGAUCAAACGUUUCCUCGCUGACUGGGCGGCCGGUCUCAGUGCUAUCACCAUUUCUGAGCCUUUUGAAUUGGAGCACUCCAGUGGCAAGACUGGCCUAGGAAAUAGCAACACAUAUGCGAUGGGUAGCGGCAUGGGGAGCAAAAUUGCCACAAAACUGGGCUUGUCCUCUAGCAGCAAGGCAGAGAUCACCUCAACCGUCCGAAGCCGCCAUGACCCCAACGAUGCCGAAGUCCUCGGAGACAACACUGCAAGGAAUCGCUCGCGCGGUACUGGCGGCCGACAACCCGACAGCACGUCGGAUAGCGUCAAAGGCCUUACAGACGGAGUUAUCAUGCACUCGAUCGAUUACCGAGUCGAGUACGAAGAUCAGACGACGGACAAUCGCGACUGGAGCAGCCGCAGCAGUGGGGGCCGGUAG